AUGUCAUGUCAUGUCUUAUCCAUGACCGAAUCAAAGUCAAGUUCACAUGAAUGAAUUGCAAGUCGGCAUUCGGGGAGUGAAAUUAUGGGGAUGGAAGGUGAUGCGUAUAUUGCUACAGAACCAAGCAGUGAGUACCAUGGUGAAGACGAUAUGCAACGCGCAUCCACCUCCUUAACUACUGAAGAUCAAUCAAUGAAAAUUUUUAGUGAAACUUUCGGUCAAUUGGCGGAAAUGUUGUGGACUGCAGUAGAAAAUUUAGAAUGGGAAGGAAAAACUAAAAAAGCGAUUUCAUUGAAGAAAAUGGCGACUUUAGUGUUAAAUAUGAUGCAAAGAGCCUAUAUUAAGACCCAAUCAAAUGAAGAGGUUAAUAUUGAUUCACUGAUUACUGAACAAAUUAAUAAAUUGCUUUAUACGGAUCGAAAUGGAAUGGAAAUGUUAACUUCAUGUAUUGAUGCUGUUAUCCCUCUUUUGCAGUCGAUUAUUCAACAAAAUCAUGACAAAUCUAGAAUUACUUAUUGUUCUAAAAGACUAUUUACUAAGGUUCAAAAUUUUUCAAAAAAUAAUUUUAUUGAAGAAGAUGUACGAUGUAUCAAAGAAUCAAUAAAAAUAAUGUUUAAGAUUCAAGAAAUUGGAGAUUAUGGUACUUCAAAGAAAAAAAAGAAAGAAAACGUUAAUGAAGAACUAGGAAAUUCGAAUCCAAUGUCAAAAACGUUUCACGAUAAAAUCCCAAACCCUCAGCAUUUACUCAAUAAUGGUGUGAUUGUAAAGCAAGAAUUACAAGAUAAUGAAUCAGGAAGUCAAGUUGAAGAAAUCGGUCUGUCGAAUUAUUGGCCAGAGCAGGAUAUCGAGUGGGAUGUAUCACAAGCAUUUAAUACUAAAGUUAACGAGAUCGGUCCGGUUCGCGCUGAAGAUUUAGUUGAAACAAAGGAUAUUGAAACGGCUUAUCAGAAAUCACGAAAAAAUCAAGCCUUUCAGAAAUCAGGUUUUUUUGAUGCUGAUUUUAAACCAGAAAGGCCAUUAUUUACUUUGCCUGAUUCUACAAUUGUUGAGGAAAUGCUUUUGUUGAAAUUUCCUGGUUUUCCAUGUAACGAGGAUUCUGCUAUCGAAAUCUUUCAACAACGUGGAAUUUUACCAGUGGAAUGUAAGUGUCGUCAAUAUGGGCAUUCAAUGCGGCUUUAUAAAAAAGACAGAUUUUACUGGAGAGAUAGUCAUUCCACUUGUGAUAAAAAAAUACCUAUUCGUGAAGGUACUUGGUUCUCUGGGACUUUACUGCCAUUUCAUAUGGCGCUUCGCUUCAUUUGUGGUUGGGCAUAUGAAUUAACGUCAAUUGAAUGGUGUAAACGAGCGCUCAAUAUCGGCAAAACCUUGGCUGUUAAAAUGAACAGGAAUUUGCGUGAAAUUUGCAUGGAAGCUAUGAAAGAAGAACGAAGUAAAAAAAUCGGUGGUAAUAAUAAAAUUGUGGAAAUUGCUGAAAGUCAUUUUACAAAUCAUAAAAAGAAUGGUAGACGUCAACUUCAUGAACUCUGGGUUUUUGGUGGAUUUUGCGCUGAAACGGACGAAUGUUUUAUUGUACAAGUCCCCGAUCGAAACGCAAAAACAUUACUAGAAAUCAUUCAUAGAAAUGUUAAAAGUGGAUCCAUAAUUUUUUCAGAAUGUUUUCGCCGAUAUAAACUGUUAGAGCUGGAAGAAGUUGGUUUUACUGACUUCAAAAUCAAGCAUAGUUAUACUGUAAUUGACUCUGAAGCUCGGCAACUUGGUGAUCGUACUGAAAAAUUAUGGGAUUUUGUGAAAAAACGCAAUCAUAUACAACGUGGCACAGUUCGUCAGUAUUUUGAAUCCUAUUUAAUAGAAUUUUUGUGGCGUAAUCGUAUAGGCUGUAGCGAUCCAUUUGAUGCGAUAUUAACGAGUAUAAAAAAUCAUUCCCCUCCACAAAUGGAAUUUUGA